UUGGCUAAUGUUAGCUAAAUUCAGCCGUUUGACGUUAUGGCUAACGUGUUAGCAAUGGCGUUUUUACACAUCCAGCAGACAUGGAGCAACAUCAGCAUUCACUUGGAGACGUGUUUCUGGUCACCUGAAAAAUCCACUCGAUGAGCCUGCACAACCCAGAGAGCCUCCCAGACAGAGAGGAACCCCAGCAACUCCUGCAUCUCCAUCUCUGUUCCUCACCCUUUCAUAACUCCCUCUUUCUCUCCCUCACUUCCUCCUGAUUCACCUCACACAAUAGACUUCCUCUCCAGGCACCAGCCUAAAGGGAAAAGAGGGGGGAGAUACGGUUUCUCAGUCUACAACAAUGGAAAUUCAAUCAGGAAAUGGAGAGGAGGUGGCGAGCACAGUGUCGGCGACCUCGGGCUACGUUUCCCGUAGUCCCUCCGGGCUGCAGGUGGAGGCAUCAAACGAGCCAGUACUCAGAGAGGACCUGCAGGCUGCAAAGAGGAUUGAGAGGUUUGACAUCCCACUUGAUAACCUGAAGAGGAUGUUUGAGAAGCCUGCUGCAGCAAACACAGAAGUGACAACCGUCCACACCUCCUCGCCCAAAAGAGUGAAGUCCGGUAGUCUUACACAGGCUGACCCAUCAACACAUCAGACCAUGGCCUCACCUAAGGACACCACUCUUUCUGCAGAUAGACACACGCCAGGAGCCGAGGACCAGGAGGACGAGCCGGUGUCGGUGAAAGAGCGGCUGGCGAUGUAUCAGGCUGCCGUGUCCAAGAAAGAAACCAGCAGUUCCUCCUCUGCUGCGGUGAUGGAUGAGUCGGAGGCUUGUUCGCUGCCUGGCGGCCUGGCAAGUGUGAAGAGACAGUUUGAGAACCAGGAGUUUGCCUCUUCGUCCUCUCAGUCCAGCGUCACCCAGUAUCAUUUCGAGCAGAGAUCUGUCCAGGAAAUGUCUAGCUCCUCGGAGGUGACAGUGAGAAGCAGCACCAGAGAGGUCGUCCCCAGCACCACCCUCUUUCACAAUCAGCAAGAGGUGAUCCACGAUCAAAGAGUCCACCAGAACAAUGUCGCCGCCAGUUACGGGAACCAUUACAAUGAAACAGUUAUGCUCGUUGGAGGAGAGGACCUACCAAAGGUUUCCACUCAGGCUUUGAAGCAGCAGUAUGAAAAAACGAUUGAGGAAGCCGCACCAGCUAAGGAAAUUAAGGUUGAUGUGGAUUUCAACCAGUUUCAAUGGGCACCAGUAAAUCAGUCCAAAGCUUCAACCAUGACAAGUUAUGACACCUCCUCCACAUUAAAGACUGCCACUGCCUCCUCAGUAGCAUCUGGCUCUUCAGUGGCUUAUGAGAUGACAGACCAUUUUCCGCCCCCGCCUUCCAACCUCUUACAGGAAACCCCUGACUACGUCUCUUCCCAGCUUCAGGUGCCAGCCUCCCAGCAUAAGCACACUGGUGCAAAGGAGCAGUACUUUAAACACAAGAGUACAGCUGAACUAAAGCGCCUCUACAAGCAUAUUCAUCCAGAGGUCCGCAAGAACCUGGAAGAGGACUUCAUGAGUCAGCUCACUGAGGCAGAACAGAAGGAUAUGGAAAGUGAGGAAAUAGUGGGAGAAGUCCAGCAGGCAUGCUAUAUGUUUGAAAAUGACGGCAAUGGCUCGAGCGAGUGUUCAAGCUCUGACAGAGAGUCCGUAGAAUGGGAUGAGAUCCUUAAAGGUGAAGUGCAGUCCAUGCGCUGGAUGUUCGAGAACAAGCCACUAGAUUCGAUUAAAGACGACACCCCAGAUGAGGACGAGGGGAGGAAUAUUGCCCAGCAGGAAAUCAUUGCUGGCAAAGAUGUCAGGUACACAGCUUGGAUGUUUGAGACUAAGCCCAUGGAUGCUCUGGGGACAGAGGCUUCUGAUUCGACUGAGCAGUCACAAAAAUCGGCUGAUCUUGCUAGAGGAGAUGUCCGCACUGCCACGUGGCUUUUCGAGACGCAGCCACUUGAUUAUCUAAAUAAGAUCUACCAAGAAGACGAGCAGGAGACAGAUGUUGCCAUCACCAAAAGCAUCACCGGUGGAGAUGUAAAAACUGCGAGAUAUCUCUUUGAGACCCAGCAUCUGGAUUCCCUGGGUAAAACAGAAACCAUAGAGGAGAGCCACUUCCUGAACCUGAAGUCUGAGCUGGAAGAAAUCAAAGGGGAUGUGAAGACAACCACUCGCAUGUUUGAGACCCAGCCUAUGUGUGUCAUUAGAGGGGAUUCGGGAGAGAUGCUGGAGAUCACCACCAUCCGCAGGGAGGAGACUGAGAAAGGAGACGUCAAGACAUCACGCUGGAUGUUUGAAACCCAGCCUCUGGAUAUUAUUAACAAAGACCCUGCGACGGUGAAGCUGAUAUGUAGUAUAUCCAUGGAGGACAACAUUCAAGGCGGCGUCAACAAAGGUAGAUGGCUGUUUGAGACAAAAACUCUUGAUACCAUUAAGGAUGAGGAAUGGGAGAGUUCCAAGAAGCAAAAGGAAGACAUAAUUGGUGCUGAUGUGAGAAAGCACUGUCUGGUUUUUGAGACUCAGUCUAUGGAUACUCUGAAAGACAACUCCAAUGCCAGACCUUUACCUACAGAGGAGAUUGUAGGAGGCGAUGUUCGAUCAGCCAAGCAUCUGUUUGAAACAGUACCCAUGGAAAAUCUGAAAGAACUCCCUGAAGUGGGAAAACUUAAGAAAAUGGUUGCAUCUGAAGAAGAAAAGGGUGACGUGAGGCAUCAAAAGUGGGUCUUUGAGAGCCAGCCUCUGGAGAAUAUAAGGGAGGAGAAGAAGGAGAUUACAAGAACUGUGAAUGUUGAAGCUGUCGACAAAGGGGAUGUGUCAAACUAUAAAGAAAGGUUUGAAAGCAUGGAUUUAAGUAAGUGUGAAGGAACACAGAAAAUUCAAGUUGAAGGCGUCACAAGUGGAUCUGUCAAAUCCAACAGAGUUCUAUUUGAAUCUACCCCCAUGUAUGCCAUGCAAGACAGCUCCGGCCAUUACCACGAGGUGAAGACUGUGAGGCGAGAGGAGAUUGUGAAGGGAGAUGUGCGCAGCUGCAGGUGGAUGUUUGAAACACGUCCUAUUGAUGAGUUUGAUGAAAGCAUCAAUAAGUUUCAGAUCAUUAAAGGUAUAUCCAAGCAGGAGGUUGAGUCAGGGAACGUCAAAACAGCCAAGUGGUUGUUUGAAACUCAACCACUUGAUGCCAUUAAAUGUUUGGGGGAUGAAGAACAUAAAACUAAGGAAGAUAUUGAAAUUGAGAAAGGGGAUGUCAAGACUUGCAGGUGGCUAUUUGAGACUCAACCGAUGGAUGUUCUGUAUGAAAAGGUGGAGAAGAGCGAGGCUGACGUCAAAGAAGUGCAAAAAGGUGAUGUGAAAACGUGCACUUGGCUCUUUGAGACCCAGACGCUUGACAACAUACGCGAUCACACAGAGUCUGAGACCAUUCUGAAAGCCUGCACUGUAAACCAAGACGAUGUCCAAGGAAAAGAUGUGCGGCUGGCCCGCUUCCUGUUUGAAACCGAGAACCUGGAAAAUAUUACAGGUGAGGAUAGUGGCUCUUUCAGGAGGGUUACGGAAAUCGACAUCCAGUCAGGCGAUGUUUCCAGGAUGAAGUACAUCUUUGAGAAUCGCUCCACGGACAUUAUGAGUUCCACCUCUGAGGAGACUAUGCAGAGGCUGAAGACACAGCAGGCCGAGGACAUCCAGAAGGGAAACGUUGUCAACUGUACCUGGAUGUUUGAGAAUCAGCCAAUGGACGCUAUCCGUGAUGAUUCCACAGAGACAAGGGAAAGUCGUACUGUGACUGAUGUUCAGGGGGGCAACGUUGAUAAAGGCCGCUUCAUUUUUGAGACCUACUCUCUGGAUCAAAUUAAAGAAGAGUCAACUGAGACUGAUAUUUCUAAACUCACCAGUAUCUUUAGAGAUGAAGUAGAGAAGGGGGAUGUGAAAAAUUACACUAUGAUGUUUGAAACUCAGCCACUGUAUGCCAUCUGUGACAAAGAGGGCCAUUAUCAUGAAGUAACGACAGUUACCAAGGAAGAAAUCAUUAGAGGAGAUGUGGUCGGGGCUCGAUGGCUGUUCGAGACAAAGCCUCUGGAUUCAAUUAGAGAUUCAGAGGAGGUCUACGUUAUUAAAGCUGUGACUGAGGAAGGCAUCAACAAAGGAGACGUUAGCUCCGCGAGGUGGAGGUUUGAAACGCAACCUCUGGAUGAAAUUACAGAGGAUAUAAAAGUCAGGUCGAAAACAGUUGCAGAUAUCCAAGGCGGUGAUGUGAAGACAAAUAAGCAGCGAUUUGAGACUGAUGAGAUGUCUCAAAAGUACAUCAGAACUGUUAGCGUGAGCGAAAUUCAAAAAGGCGAUGUCAGAUCUGCCACGUGGAUGUUUGAAACACGCACAAUUGAUGAGAUUCACGGCGAAGGCGUGGAGUAUGAUGGCAUGGAGAAAGUGACAAAAGAGGAAGUGAUGAAAGGAGAUGUCAAACAGUCUGUGUGGCUCUUUGAGAAGCAGCCUCUUGACAGCAUCAAAGAGACUGAUGGCACAGAGCUUGUAGUCACAAAGGAGGAAAUCCCACAGGCCGAUGUGAAGACGACAACAUGGCUAUUUGAAACCACACCAUUUCACAAUUUCAACGAGAGCAGCAUGGAAAAAACAGAAAUAAUUGGUAAAAGCAUCAAAGAGACUCUCCAGGAGCUUUACAGUCAGAAAAUGGUGGACUCCCAAGGUGUUCUUAUUGAAGCAGAUGAGAUUGGCGAUGUCCGCAUGGCGAAGUAUAAACUCAUGAACCAGGAGGCUCCACAAAUCCAAAAAGAAGAGAUUAUCAGAGGAGAUCUGAGCAACAUAAUGAUGAAUCUCCUGAAUCGCAGGGAGUCCACUGAAAGGGGGAUAACUAUUGACAGGGAGGAGCGGGGUAACAUCAACACCACAGUGAAGCAGCUUUUCAACCAGGAAAAGGGAAUCAAUGUGGAGAAAGAGAAGAUUGUCCGCGGUGACAUUCAAGAGGCCGUAAACAAGCUGCUCAAGACUGAAGGCUCCUCAAAGCGUGGCAUUCUGAUUCAAGAGGAUGAGAAAGGAGACGUGAGGAUGACUAUCUAUUCCCUCUUGAAUAAAGGGGAGAGGGCUAGCACAGAGAGAGAGGAUAUUGUUCAAGGAAACGUGAGCAAAACCCUUCAUCGUCUCCUCUCCAACUCAGGAGGAGAAGACUCUAAGAAGAUAAAGGUCGCAGACACUGAGAGGGGCAAUGUCAGCUUUUACUCCACAUGCAUUGAGUCGGGAGCCUUGGAUUACCUGAAGCAGCUUCAGUAUGAACCCGAUGAAGCUCAGGAAAAGGUGGAAAAGGAGCGCAUCAUAGGUGGAGACGUUCAUGAAACAAAAAUCUUGCUGCGGAAGAAUCAGCAGCAGAUUGGGCGCACAGUGGCAGAGGACGAUAUAGUUCCUGGUGACGUACACAGCAAUGUUAAAGUCUUUAUGACCCAGCCUGCUGUUACCUUCAAAAACCUAGAGAAAAAGGAUAUUGUUAAAGGUGACCUUAGCGCAGCCCUGGAUUCACUGACUCAAGCCAUAAAUCAGAAAGUGGUAAUAGAGAAAGAGGAGGUGGUGAAGGGAGACAUACCCACUACUCUGAGGUCUCUGGAGGAGGCCCAGCAUCUAGCCAAAGAAGUAGAAAAGCCUGAAAUCAUCAGGGGAGACAUCAGAGGUGCUCUUGAGUCACUGGAGAAAUCUGCAACCACCAAUACGGAAGCAACUAUUGAAGAUCUAGUGCCAGGUGACAUCAAAGGGACCCUGAAGUCCCUGGAGGAGGCGAAGCAAGCUGUGAAAGAGGUAGAAAAAGAGGAGAUUCUCAAAGGAGACAUCCACACCGCCAUGCAAAGUUUACAGGAGGCAUCGAGUGAGAAAAAGACUUACCAGCAUCAAGUGAGCGAACAAGGGGAUAUUAAAGCCACUAUCCAGCUCUUGCUAGAGCCGACAACUUCUCCCAAAAUGCAGCGCAGGGGGAGCAUUGAAGGAGAUGUGAAAACAUCCAUAAAAUGUCUUUAUGAAGGACAGGAGACAACGCAGCUGGAAAAAGAGGAGGUAGUAAAAGGGGACGUUCAAGGGGCAAUAAAGAAUCUAAUGCAAAGAAAACAGUAUUCAAAUACGAAGCGCUCGCAUUCCUCGAAGAAAGCAAAAGUGCCCGUGAAAAAUCCAUUAACUGUAAAGCAAGCGGAGCAUGAAUGCUUACAUGAAGCCAAGAGUGAGAGUGUAGCAGUCAAUCCAGCCCCCGCUGUGAAAAAGCUCUCUCAGAGCGGUGAGUCACAGAGGCACACACAGAGGCACAACGAAAGCAAAUCGGUGAGAACACAGGUAAUAACCCAAGAGGACCACUCUGUUACUGUAGCCAAAACAGACAAUCCUACUGGGGCCUCUCAACACAAGAGCAUGAAAGAGCAGAAACAGAAAGUGUUGCCCCCACAGAAAAUACAAGCUCCUAAGCCUAUUAUGAUAAAGAAUAAACAAAUGACUAACAAUGAUCAAACAGAGACGAAAGCAGCAGAUGUGAAUGUGAUGAAAGAGGUGCAAAAUACAUCACAGACCAGCACUUCAAACAGGCAAAUAUGUGAGACAAAGACAAUCAAACAGGUGCAGACGACAGUGAUGGAGAAAACUGUCAUGCAGAAGCAAAGUGUAUCAGAGCAAAAGCAAGCGGAGAAUAAGGCGCUCACACAAAAGCACAACAUGAAAAAUAUGAAGGGUGAUUACCGUAACCUUGACAUAAGAGGGAAAGGUGUGGUGAAAAAGGCAAAGCCGGAGAUUCAUUUCCCCCCUCCUCCCUCCUCACCGCCUCCACCCUCAGAGUCGGAGCUCUCCCUCCCUCCACCGCCGUCGCCCUUGCUGGACAGCCCAUUGCCGGACAGCCCAUUGCCCCCUCCUUCUAUCAUGAGGCAGGACAACGACCUCCCACCUCCACCACCUCCACCUCCCAUGGAAUGUAAAUCUGAGCCUGAGUUUUUCCCUCCUCCUCCACCUCCUCCGCCUCCACCUACAGAGAGCGGGCAAGAUUUUCUCCCUCCACCUCCCUCGCAGCAAGAGCUUAAUGCCAUGCCUCAGCCUCCGCCUGUAAAGCUGGGGAAACCCAUCGGGAGGCCUUUAUUCAAAGUGCCCAAGCAGCCAGAAACACCAAAGCAGCACAUACAAGUUAAACCCAAAUGGCAGAAAAAGCAGCCGACUCCCUCACCACCUCCACCUCCACCUCCACCUCAGCUCCCUUCUGAUCAAGCAGAAACAGUAUCAACAGAGCGCAAAGAAGGAGCUAAAGUUCUGGAGGUGAAAAAAGAAACAACCAAACAGAUUGAAAUAAGCAAACAGUCUGAAGCAACAGCAGUGUCGAUGACAAAAAUACCAAGCGUCCCAGCUGUGAAGCCGAUGCAAAGAGAGAGCCCGCAGCCACCUAAAAAAGUGUUUGUCCCUCCGAUUAAACUGCCCCCAACUCCUGAACCCACUCCAGCUUCAAAGCCUAGACCGUACGCUCGCAAAUUUAAAACCCCUCUCAUGCUUGCAGAGGAACGAUACCGCCAGCAACUGGAGAAACAAGAAGAAGGGAGGAGUAAUGUCACACCUCCCACUUCUCCACCAAUUAAUGCCAGUCCUGAGCUUUCUGCAACACAGAAAACUGAAAAAGAAGUGGUCACAGAAGAAACUAAAGCAAAAACCGAAGAAGUUAAGACUGUUUCCAAAGAAGGAGCAUCGCCUGGCAAGAAAACGCCUUCCCAGAUCCCUUUAAGCAAGCCCCUGAUCUCAGUGGAAAAUAAAAAAUCUGCAUCUGCAUCUUCAAAUGUGUCCUUGGAUAAGAAGCAUGUUGCCAGCGAGCACUCCUCAGAAAGAGUACUCGCCUCAACUGAUGUGAUUAAAAAGAGUCAAACCACCCCCAAGAAUCAGACAGUUUCUGUUUCUAAGUCUAACCGCGAGGCCUCGAAUAUUGAAGUCCAGUCAUGCUCAAACGUGGUCACUUCUUCAGUCACGGAGCAGCAGCAGUUUAUUAAGAAAUCCAGCACCAGGUCUAUCGCUGCCACACAGAGUGCUGUCCAGGAAAAUGUAAAUCUUCAAAGCGAGAGUGCGGUCACAUUGAAAGCUGAAGAUGUAAAGAAUAUUAAUGCGCCUCUGACACAGGAGGGGAAAAUGAGUCCCUCUCAGCCCACUAAAAUUCCAAAAGUAACUCCAAGUUUCAAGGUGAAAACCUUUAAGAUGCCAGCAGAGAAGAAAGAGGAGAAAUGUGACAGUGCAAUGAAAAGUGAAAUGCAUUUACAGCAAGAGAAAAGUAACGUAUCACAGAAAAGUGAAACAAAAGUGAGUCAGGAGAGCAGCCAGCUGACGUCAGCAAGAACUGAGGUGACAACAGAAAUGAAAGGAAAGGAGAAGAAAAGUCACAUUACUCCACCUGUGAAAGAAGCUGAAGUGGAGGUUCACGUGAAGAAGGGAAAGCAGCUGCAGAAGAAUGAGACUGAACUAAAGCUGUCACCAUCAGUUACUGCCUUAAUUCCUAAGGUGGCUAAGAUAACAUCUGCAGCAACUCAUCAAGGACAAGGCCAUGUAUCUGUCUCCCACAGUCAGCAGAGCAUGACGGCAGAGCACAUUCAAAAACACGAGGAGGUGGUUGUGACUGAGAGUGUGGUACAGAAAAGCUUUCAAAAGCAAGAGGCUGUUCAGAUGCAAAAACAAAUAAAGGUACAAGCAGCAGAAACCAAUAAAAUGCAGAUAAAGGCAGUAAAGUCAAAAGGUGAGCCUAAGGAUGUGGCUAUGCAAGGGAAGGGGAAAAUAGCCCAUAAAGACGAGGCUCAUUCAGAAGAAAUCACAGAUUUGGAGAAAUGUAAUGUAAUGCAGAAGCUGCUUGCUCAAAUAAAAGAGCUCGAGGGCACACCGAACAAAAUAGACUCCAACGCUGUCAGGAUGAUUAUAAGCGAACUCCCUGACUGGGCGAUGGGCUCGGAUGAGAAAAAGAAUUUAAGUGAAAUUGCUAAACAGCAAAGCAAGAAAAAGCUGAGAGAGAUGAUGGUCUAUGUGAAAAAUAUUUUCCAAGCAAAGCUCACAUUUUUGGAGGAAACCUUGACAGCCGUGGAGAAGCAGAGGACAGCAAAAGGUGAACCGCCAGUGCCGCCCCCACCUCCUCCAAAACCAGACAAUAAAGUUUUUAGCGGAGCAAAGAUAUCAAAGAUCAGUAUCGGCUCCUCUAAAAGUGAAAAGAAGGUGGCAGAGGAGAAAAAGUCACCUCAGGAGAGGAAAGUGCAUCAGGAGCUGAGCAAGGCGCCUGAUCAGAGAGUGUCCUCCCCAUUGGCGAGCAUCCGCACUCCAUCACCUACUUUUAUAAGCAUUGAGUCAAGGAAGGUAGACUCGCCACUCAGAGUGACCCCUUCUCCUCCGCCCUACAAGUCAGUCGGGACACCUCCGCCGCCUCCUCGCAAGUCAUACACCCCUACAUCUACCUUCAGCAGGACCACGCCAUCUCCUACCCUGAGCCGCUCGGAGAAGCUGAUGAAACUGAGGGACACCACCUCCAAACUUUCUCGUGGAAUGACGCCUCCACCUCCCAUGCCGGUGCCAGAGUUCUUGGAAAGGGAGCGUUCGUCCCCAUUUAGCGACAGGGGGACUCCAAUAGAGAGAGAUGAGCGAGGAUCGGUGGAUGUCGCAGAAAUGGUGGACUCUAUGAUGACAGUGAGGGAUAAGAAGUCUUUCUUUGAGGAGGCACAGAAGGCGGAGGUGAGUAAGAUGUACAUGCGGAAGGACCCCAUUGAUAUCCCUGAACGUCUGGGACCUGACACAGAGGAAGCCACUGAGACUGUGACUAUAGACAUACUGAAAGAGGAUCUCCCAAGAGUCGACCUUUCUAAGCUGGUGAACAAAUUUGAAUCUCCACGACCAAAAGUCUACACCAGAAAAGAUCCUAUUGUGAUCACGGAGAGGCUGGGGAGCGAUACGGAGGAUGCUGAGACUGAGCCGCCAAAAACUGACGAGAUCCCGUCAUUCAACGUUAAAGCGAUCAAGUAUGUGUUUGAGACAGGAGAGCAUAGUUCUCAGGCGGCUCGAGAGCUCAGAGAACAAAUAGAAAGAAGAGAACCUGAACCAGCCCAUUCUGAGCCGGUGGGUCACUCUGAGUCGACAGCAGUCACUGAGCAAUUCUGCAGCAUUGACGACUUCGGAAACAUGACAAGCGGGACAAUGAGUGAGAUGCAUUCUGGGAGCUCCCUGACCCGCGGUAACCCUCCAUCCUACGCUGAUGUGGUGAGAGGCGCAGUUCCAACUGUUGCCGUGCCCCCCGAGGCCUCUACUGAGGAGCUGCUGAGAAACUUCCAGCAGUCGUGGGCCGAGAGUCAAGGAGUUUUCCAGAACCUGGGUUUCAGUGUCACGGAGCAGAGGACCUCGCAGACUGUAACACAUCAGCAGCAGACCGUCGUGGCGGAAAAUUCGAGUUCCAGAGUCCGAACUGUGCAGGGUGUGUCGGAAGAGGGUGUACCCGAUGGAGUCGCUGAUCGCGGACAAACAAAACUUCCAUAAAAGCUGCUUUCGCUGUGAGCACUGCAGAGGCAAACUAAGCCUUGGAAACUAUGCCUCUCUCCAUGGACGAAUGUACUGCAAGCCACACUACAAGCAAUUAUUCAAGUCCAAAGGAAAUUAUGACGAGGGAUUUGGACAGAAACCACACAAAGAAUUAUGGAGUAGUAAGAACCAGGAGAAC